UCACAAGAAAUCUAAACUCUAUUGUUUUGGAAACAGCAAACUUGAAAUGAUAUAUACGCAUCAAAGGGGAAUGGAUUUGAAGUUUGAAGUAGGAUUUGAAUCUGAAAGAGAAUCAGCAUCGAUGGAAAUGGAAACAGAAAGUUUAUUGAUAAAAUUGUGCUUGCAAGCGGCCACCGACAAUUUGCACGCCGUCGAGAAGUGGCGGCGACAACGCCGCUCUCUUGAACGCCUUCCGUCGCACCUCGCCGAGUCUCUUAUCCUCCGCCUCGUCCGUAGACGUCUCAUGUUUCCUUCUCUACUCGAAGUUUUUAAGAACACAUUGGAGAAGAUUGAUCUGAGUGGUCAGACCUCUGUGGAUUUGGAAUGGAUGGCGUAUUUGGGUGCCUUCCCGCAUCUCCAAUCUUUAAAUCUUGCAGGUUGCCCCAAAAUUAGUAGUUCUGCAAUUUGGCCCCUUGCAGGUAUGAAGAAUUUGAAAAUGUUAAAUCUUUCAAGAUGCCCUAAGAUUACUGAUUCUGGAAUCAAGCAUCUUUUGUCUAUUCCGACCUUGGAGGAGUUGAGCAUAUCACAGACAGGGGUCACAUCGGAAGGGGUCUUACUUCUUCGUUCUCUUAAAAAUUUAACUAUGUUGGACUUGGGAGGAUUAUCUGUCACCGACCUUGCCCUGUGUUCUCUCCAGGUUCUGACAAAGUUACAAUACCUUGAUCUAUGGGGGAGUGAAAUAUCGAAUAAAGGAGCUUCUGUGCUUGGAAUGUUUCCUAAUUUGAUCUUUUUAAAUCUAGCUUGGACAAAGGUUUCAAAGUUGCCUGUAUUGUCCUCUGUUGAGUGUCUUAACAUGAGUAAUUGUACUACACAUUCUAUUUUCGAAGGGCAUGGUGACAAAGUUUGGUUGAGGAAACUUAUACUUACAGGAGCAACAAUUGAGGAUAUUUCAGAAGCCUUGACAUAUGUUGAUACUAGUUCUCUUUCUCUGUUGGAUGUUUCGAACUCUUCGCUUCAAGAAUUUUGUUUCUUAUCUUGUCUCGUGGCAUUGGAAUAUUUGGAUCUCAGCUCUUGUCCAUUCAUCGAUGAGUUUGUCCAAAUAAUCACAUACAUAGGAGCCAAAUUGAAAUUCCUAAAUCUCAGUAACACAAGAGUGACCUCUGCAGGAGUAAGUGUUUUAGUUGGACGUGUUCCCAAACUUGAAACCAUAUUGCUAUCCAACACGCCUACUGACGAUUUUGCUAUCUCACACCUCAGUGCAAUGCCUUCACUGAAAGUAAUCAACCUAACUGGUACAAAUGUUAAAGGUCAAAUUCAGCAGUUAGGUUUCGGGCAAGAUGCAGUCCAGUCACUGGCAGAAUUGCAAAACCUUAGCUGCUUAGAGAUGUUGUAUUUGGAGAACACCCAACUUAGAGAUGCAUCGCUGAGCCCUAUUUCGAAGUUGCAUGAAUUGAACCAUCUUCAUCUUGGUGGUCCCCUGACAGACAUAUCUCUGUGCCUCUUCUCAUCUAUCCAGAACCUGAUUCAUCUAAGUUUGCAUGAUGCUGUACUUACCGGACCAGGGCUUAAUUCAUUCAAACCUCCAAGUAAUCUCAAGGUGCUGGAUCUGAGUGGUUGUUGGCUCUUAACCAAAGAUGAUCUCUUGUUAUUCUGUCGGAGAUAUCCUUUAAUUGAAUUGAAGCAUGAACUUUAUCACUUCGUCCCAUCUGAACAAAGCAUCUCCAAACAUUUGUCUCCAUCAGGUGUAGCUACAAAGACCGGGCCAUCAAAAAAGAAAGAACGGACACUAUUAGUAUCGCCAACAAUGCUUAAAAAAGAUGAAUUCAUAGAUCAAAGGCUGAAGUAUAGCAGAGAAGAACUACUUGCAUUGCAGCAUUCAUCCGUAUCACUUGUCGCCUUUGAUAAUGGUAACCUGAUACCUGAACUGCAAUGAAUGUCCUACUAUCUGGAUUGUAGAAGGUCUUGGAGCAUGGUUUUUUGUGGAACGGAAAAUUUCAGCUAGCUAUACUUUUGUUAAUGUAUCCAAGCCCUUUGCAUUAGUACCUAGCUUUGAAGAGAAUGGUGAAGGCAAACCUGUAAUGCAUUUAUCUUUUUUGCUGCUCCUUAAUUCAUAGCUUUUCCUGUUUACAUGUUCUUUCUUAGCAUGGAAGAGCUGAUGCAAUGUAGAUGGCGAUGUAUGAUAUGUGGUUUCAUUGUUUUUCAUCAGCAUUUUGCUGUGACGUAGGGUAAAGAUUAAACAUUUCAUAUAAAUGUUAUAUUCAUUUAUAGCA